UCCUCACUACCUGCACAAAGAACCAGGCUGUCUUCUGCUGCAUGUGGUGUGUGGGUGUAACACACUCCCAGGCUGUCUCUCUCUCCCCCCCCCACCCCGAUCUAAUGCAGUGGGCUCUGGCGGCUGCUAGAUGUCCCGGCAACCAAGACAAUGUUUGAAUGUUUGAGUCCAGGAGAUUCUAGGCAGCUUCGUGUCUGCAAGAAAACGAACCUACCCCUUGUUGAAUUUAACACCGUCUCUUGUUCCAGCCGAAGCACCAUGGAAGCAGGGCUGUGGACUGGACAAGGCUACAGUGCCCCCUGGAUGUACCACGGUGCGGCUGGGCAUUACACGCUCCUGGAAAAACAACUGGACUCCGAUGUUUCUCCCUGCCGGUAUCGCCCUGCUUCCCGGGUACUGCAGGACUCCACCAACUGGCUUGAUGCCCAGCAACUUCCACCUCAUUGGAGCUUGCUGAAGCAGGAGGACCACUGGUUUUCUGGGAAGGAGUUGAGCGGGGAGGUGCCUUCCCCCAAAGCCCAAAGGCAGCUGCAGCAGCACAGCCCUACUUAUAGAGGGUUUCCUUGCUGGAGGGACAGGGGUUGGGGAGGCCGUCCGGCCUCAAAGGAUCAUUCUGCUGCAAAUAGCAAGUGGUACCCAGGAGUGCCUCUUGCCCACAGCAAGAGUGAUCUCCCUGCCCGGGCCCCUCCUAGCUAUGAAGCCCAUAUGUUGCUGCACCUCCGGGUGGGGCAGGGCCCCCGCAAGGAAAACUGGCCACAUCCCCCACCCUAUGUUGCUCCUCCAUCUUAUGAGGCACCCCACCUCACAGUACGUCCCCCACAGCAGCAACAGCUGCCGCCACCGCAGCGCUAUGCACACAAGGAUGCCUCUUCUGCCGGGAAGCAAGUCCUCAGAGAGGCCCCCCGGAAAGUCCAGGCCAGAGCGGCGGGGGUCCGUGGGCCUCUGAUGCAUGGUCCUGGGGGGAAAGCAAGGCAAAGCCCGGCUGAAAUUCCAGGUAGCUGGAGCUACCUAUCGGGAGCUGGCACCUGGAGUGGCCCAAAGAUGCACCCAGCAAGAGCAGGCCAGGGGAAGUCCUCUGAUGGCUUGUUGGCGAGCUGGGAUAUGAGCCCCCAACACCGAAGCCACACCCUCCCUCGGAGAAGUAAGCCGACCAAGGGGGUGCCAGUGCCCCAUCCCCCUGAGCACAUACUCCCUGCUGGUUGGGGUUUUAGCCAUACGGCUGUCGGGCCCCAGGCUGUGGCAGGAAAGGGUAGCAGAGUAGGUGGUAAGCAGAGAAAAGAUCUCUUACCUCAGUGGAAGGAACCAGGACCGGGCAAGGAGUCUGCAGGAAGCCAGGGAGCUUUGUGGAAGCUGACGCCACGGAAGCGUGGGGGUCUCUUUGUCAUUGAUGCCACGUGUGUGGUGAUCCAAGCCCACUAUAUCCCACCUCCCCGGAUGGAGCAUGUCCGCUACUUGGGCCUGGAAGAGAGGCCAGAUAAGGUCAAAGUGGCGUCAUCCCCCCGUGGCUCUCCAGGCCCUGUCUCCAUGGAAGAACGGGCGGCUCGCAUCCUGGGCCUUUCCCUGAGUGAGCUAGGCCUCUCAGAGGCAGGAGCAGGUAAAACCCCAGGGAUUCCUGGGCCAAAGGUAGGAGAGAGUCAUGUUGCAAGCGCCACUGUAUCUCAGGAGGCCUAUGGGACAGGGCAGCCUGGAGGGCAGAAUUCUGCCCUAGCCAGCCCCAGGAAACCUCUCCUCGCAGCCCCAGCACUCAGCAGCUUCCAGGUUGGGCCUAAAGAGCAGGAGGUUCCCAGCCCAGGUGACAGAGGAACCGCCGUUCCUUGCCAGGAAAAUGGUUGCGGCCUUCUGCAAGGUGAAGGGGAGCCCACGCUUUCCACAGAAAAAACAUCCUAUGCCCUGGAUCUGAAGGAAGCCAUGUUGAGGAUCCGCCGCCAUACGGCACCAGAUUCAGAUACAGAUGAUGAUGAUGAAGAGGAGGAGCUGGAAAAAGACAGCCGACCACCCGGUGGGCAACCAGUAUGGAGAGGGCGCCUGAAUGAUGGGGCUCUCUCCUAUAGCAGCAGCAGCCUAGACAGCAGCAGUUCCAAUGCCACCGUGGUGCCCAGGAACGCUACCCCCACCCUGAGGAAUGGACCCAAAGCUGGCCCAGCAUCGACUGCAAGACAAGGAGGAUUGGUUCAAGUAGGACCCUAACCCUGGCUAUAGAUUAGAAGAGACACAACUAACCAGUAUCCGAUCCUCACCUAACCUGUCCGCAAGUGCCUGCCAUCCCUAGGCCGAGACCUUUGAGAAUUAAAAAUGAAAAGGCUUAGUCAAUGGUCAGGCUGGAUGGAGCGUUCUGAGACUGACAGUCUAAAAAAUAGCUUUUUAGACUCUGACUCUGCCUGCUGCCCCAUGACCCAAUGGCAGGGAUCCCAAUAUGUUUGGGACUGUGGGGUUGUGCAGGAGAUAUACAUAGCUGUAAGACUUCUCACUUCCGUUUGUGUGCUCCUGCGUGUUUUAGCAUGGUAGCCAAGAAUGAAACCUCCAUGUUCAGGAGAAGUAAACCAUAAAUUAUUAAAUGCUAGGGACAAUCUACAUCACCAUAAUACCUUAUAAAAUUAAACCUCCUUGAUUAGCCUUAGUUGAAGAAUUGAGCGCUGCCAUGCAAGAGCAGGGCCAUUUGGAUUACAGUAUAAUCUUGGGGGGGGGGGAGAAGGUCAGUUUCUGUGUAGCAGAGGUACUUCCGGUAGGCAGUAAACCUGCCAAGCACAAUUCUGCUCCUUCAUAUUCGUAUGGUUAAUUGUAAGACAAUUUACGUGUGCUAAGUGUUCAGGAGUGGUG